UUAAACUUAAAGAUCCACACCCUACACUUAUAGAAUAUCUAUUUCAAGAGCUAGCUGUCAUGAAGGAAGACGUAUGAAAAUCGGAAUAGUUCAAAUCUAAGUGACCCUGCCAGAUAUAGGAUCUGAACUUGCAGCGAACCAGUCAGAAAUUUGACCUGACCUCACAGUAACGUGUCCGACAUUUGACCAGUUUAUAAGAAAAUGCUGGCAAAGAAGUUUGUAGUGCUGUUGUCACUCGCCCUAUGUUUCACCUGGGUGACCUCACAAACGGAGUCCUAUUGGAUUGGUGCCAACGACUUGGACAAGGAUAAAAUGUUAGUGUGGGUUGCGGAUGGUAGCGACGCCAGCAAUAUAACAACAAGCAGCUGGAACCACAUCAUCACACUCUCAAACGACAAAGCCACCUGUAUUGUUCUACGCAUCGAAUAUCAGAUGUUUGUGUCAUCUCCUUGCACCAACGCAUUUUAUUUUCUGUGUAUGGAAACCGAUUCGAAGACUACUACAGCUACAACCAAUGAGCCUACAACCAAUGAGCCUACAACCAAUGAGCCUACAACCAAUGAGCCUACAACCAAUUAG